AUGGCUGAGGUAGACAUUGCGCCGAGAUUCGGCACCGAGCUCAAAGAUGGCUUCAAACCAGUCAAUGCUUGGGUUGCAAAUGGAGUCACCUGGCUUGAUGAUAUACAGCUGUUCUACCGGGAAAGGGCGGCGAUUGAGAAGGACUACAGUUCCAAGCUUUACGGCUUAGCCAGGAAGAACUUUGAAAAGAAAGCCAAGCGGUCCAGUAGCCUAAGCGUAGGAGACACCCCAAGCAUGACGCCGGGAUCCUUGGAGUGUGCUUCUCUUACGACGUGGACCACCCAACUCUCUACGCUUGAAUCAAGAGCUGCAGAACAUGACCGAUAUUCCUCGGAACUUCUCCUACAGAUCGCAGAACCACUCAAGAACCUGGCCGCACGAUACGAAGAGAUACGAAAAAGCCACGCUGAAUAUUCGGCGAAGUUGGAGAGGGAGCGAGAUCUGUCGUAUGGUGACCUGAAGAAAACCAAGGGCCGGUAUGAUGGAGCUUGCCAAGAGGUAGAGAGCAGGCGGAAAAAGACCGAGUCCUCGUUUGAUCAUGGCAAGAACAAAGCGCAAAGUGCAUACCAGCAACAACUUAUGGAGAUGCAUAAUGCGAAGAAUACCUAUCUCAUCAAUAUCAACGUCACAAACCAACAGAAAAAGAGAUACUACUAUGAGUACGUUCCCGAUCUGUUAGACAGCCUACAAGACCUCUCAGAGACCCGAGUUAAUCAACUCAACUCAUUGUGGUCUCACGCCGUCAACCUAGAAAAAUCUGCCCUUUCUCGAAGUACCGACCACCUCCAGCACCUUGGCUCGGAAAUCCCACGCAAUGACCCGAAACUAGACUCAAUGAUGUUUGUACGGCAUAAUGUGGCGCCAUGGCAAGAACCUUUGGAUUUGAUGUUCGAGCCGAGUCCCGUCUGGCUGGACGACAGUGCGAUGGCGGUCAAUGAGACGGCCAAGAUAUACCUACGAAAUGUGCUGGGCAAAAGCAAGAGCCAAUUGCGGGAUCUGAAGCAAGACGUGGACAAGAGAAGGAAAGAAGUCGAAGCCAUUAAGAUGAUACGGAGAAACAUACGACAAGGCAAAGACAAGCGAGAUGAGGUGGAAAUGGUGAAGGCCAUGUUCAAUGCCCAAGAGCUUCUCCACGAAGUCGAACGACAACGAUUGACUGCCGAGGUCGAGACUCAUACAAUCACUUCCACAGUCGGCGAUGUAUCGCUUGGAGCUCAGAACCAUGCAUUCAAAUCACAAACUUUCAAAGUACCUACCAAUUGCGAUCUUUGUGGAGAAAGAAUAUGGGGGCUAUCGGCCAAGGGGUUUGAUUGUCAAGAUUGCGGCUACACAUGCCACAGCAAAUGCGAGCUAAAAGUCCCAGCGGAAUGUCCUGGAGAGCAGUCUAAAGAAGGGAAGAAGAAAUUGAAAGCGGAAAGACAGGCAGCGUCAAAAGUUGCUCCACCACAGAGUAAUGGCGGACCUCCAGACGGCGUUACAGAGCUGCCCGCAUUGAGUAGGAGUAACACCAUGGAUACUCUCAGCUCGGGAUAUGCGGCUAGCGCAAAUAGAUCAGUCUCUGGGAAGGUACCAACCGAUGAGACGAGUACAGAUGGGGCAAGAUCUCCACCUCCCGCAAGCAAGCCAGCUACGUUGAGAAAGAACAGGAUUGUGGCUCCGCCGCCCGCGCAGUACAUCGCCGAGAUGCCAGGUAACAGCCCCAGUGGAGGCGGCUCGAGUACUUCACAUCCAACAGAACAGCGAGGGAGAAUGAAUUAUGCUUAUCAGGCGACCACGGAUGGAGAAGCAUCAGUGGAAGAGGGUGAUGAAGUCUCCAUCGUUGAGCCAGAUGAUGGCUCUGGCUGGACCUUUGUCCGUCUCAACGCCCACACCACCGGCCUUGUUCCAACAUCGUACCUCGAAAUGCUUGCCAUCCCUCCAGUCCUAGAACGGCCCGUCUCCUCGUACUCCAGCUCUUCCACCUCCCUCACAGGGAGCAUACCCAGCAAAAAGAAAGGUCCCGUGGUUGCCCCCAAACGAGGGGCCAAGAAACUGAAAUACGUCGAAGCAUUGUAUCAUUACGAAUCACGAAGCGAUGCAGAGUGGGGCAUGAGUGAAGGAGAAAGGUUUGUGCUUGUAAAUAAAGACACCGGAGAUGGAUGGGCGGAUGUCGAGAAAGGGGGUGUGACGAAGAGCGUGCCUGCGAAUUAUAUCCAGGAGGUUUGA